AUGAUUGGUUAUCGAAAGAAUCACAGGAUCCAUGCAAACGACACCUACGAUCGCUAUGAAAAGACUGUUGGAACUCCCUUCACUAGGCAAGAAAUCGUGGCCAUUACAGAAGCAGCCAAAUGGCUGUUGGAAAGAAGCACAGGGCAAAGAACUGUAAGCUUCUGCUCGGAUAGCAGGGCAGCUCUCAUGGCGCUAGAUAGUAUCAGUCUCUCCUUAAAAGAAGUACUAAGGUGCAGACAGGCGCUAGAAUCACUGGCGGAACACAACAUGGUGAGACUGGUGUGGGUACCAGUACACUCAGGCGUGGUGGGCAACGAAAAGGCAGACAAGCUGGCAGGUAGGGGCGCGAACGGCAUUCCAGCAAGAAGGUGCGCAGUCGCUGUUUCUACCUGCGAGGUAAACAGAGCAAUUAAAGACUGGCUCAACGCGCAACUGAGCGACAAGUGUACUAACGCCAAAGGGCUAAGACAGGCUAGGGCUCUGAUGGGCAACAGUCCACCCGUGGAGUGGCUGCGAACCAUUGGAGGGUAG